AUCCGCAAGGAGCUGAAGAUCAAAGAAGGUGCAGAGAACCUGCGAAAGGUCACCACAGACAAGAAGAGCCUGGCUUAUGUUGACAACAUGCUGAAAAAAUCUAACAAGAAGGUUGAGGAGCUUCACCAGGAGCUGCAAGAGCUCAACGCCCACAUUGUGGUCAAAGACCCCGAAGAACUGCUAGAAUGCCCUUUGACCCCAGAUACCCCCAACAGUGAGGCCAGAAUGUGCACCAGCAGCAGCCGCCUGGCCGCCCUGAAAAGACAAAAUGACAUCGAGCUCAAAGUUAAACAGGGUGCCGAGAACAUGAUUCUGAUGUACUCCAACGGGCCCUCCAAGGAUCGUAAGUUGCUAGCGACGGCCCAGCAGAUGCUUCAGGACAGCAAGACGAAGAUCGAGUUCAUCAGGAUGCAGAUCCUUAAGGCCAGUCAGGCCAGCGAGCUGAGCUUCGAGAACAAUGACGUGAUGGACAAGCCCAUCAUCAGCCCGUUGGACCUGCGGGUGGAGGAGCUUUGUCACCACGCCAAGAUAGAGUCCGCUGUGGCCGAGGGAGCCAAGAAUGUCAUGAAACUCCUUGGAUCGGGAAAAGUCACAGAAAAAAGAGCACAUUUAGAGGCCCAGGCUCGUUUUAAUGAGUCCAGUCAAAAGCUCGACCUCCUGCGAUAUUCCUUGGAGCAACGCCUCAGUGAGUUACCUAAAAACCACCCUCGCAGCAGCAGCAUCGUGGAAGAGUUGUCCCUGCUGUCCUCACCGGCCCUCAGUCCCAGAUCCAGCAUUAUCUCCACACAGAACCAGUACAGCACCGUGACUAAGCCCGCCGCCCUUACAGGCACGUUAGACGUCAGGCUCAUGGGCUGUCAGGACCUUCUGGAAAAUGUCCCCGGUCGUUCCAAAGCUGCAUCUGUACCGCUGCCCGGCUGGAGCCCCAGCGAGACACGCUCCUCCUUCAUUAGCCGAGCAAACCGAAACCGUGGUGUGAGCUCACGGAACUUGACCAAGAGCGAGGAGCUCUCCAAUGAGAUCAGUGCAGUUUUGAAGCUGGACAACACGGUAGUCGGCCAGACAAGCUGGAGGACGGUUAGCAACCAGGCCUGGGACCAGAAGUUUACAUUGGAGCUGGACCGGUCUCGUGAGCUGGAGAUCUCGGUGUAUUGGCGUGAUUGGCGUUCGCUCUGCGCUGUUAAGUUUCUGCGACUGGAGGACUUCCUUGACAACCAGCGUCAUGGGAUGUGUCUGUACCUAGAGCCACAGGGGAUGCUGUUUGCUGAGGUUACGUUUUUCAAUCCUGUCAUUGAGAGACGACCAAAGCUGCAAAGACAAAAGAAGAUUUUCUCGAAGCAGCAAGGUAAGACCUUCCUGCGAGCCCCUCAGAUGAACAUCAACAUUGCCACCUGGGGCCGCCUGGUGAGAAGAGCCAUACCGACCGUCAGCACCAACUCCUUCAGCCCACAGGCGGCUGAGACUGGGCCCAGCAGCCUGCCUGGUUCACCCACACCCAGCAGUGAUCCGCUGGUGACCAAGCUGGACUUCGACAAGGAGCCCACCCCAGGACCCAAACACUACCCAGCACCCGAUGACAUCCGAGAACCACUGGUGCAGCACAAGAUUCCAGACAAGGAGGAAGUACAGGACGCACUCGCCUCGUUUGACUUCUUGAACAAGAGAAACAGCAUAGCGGUGAAGCCAGACCUGGACAGAGUAGUGGAGCAGGAGAUCCAGCAUCCAGACCUGGAGCUCAUCGCCAUCCAGAAAGACACCGAGAUAAGGGAAGAAGAGCAGUUCCAAUUCAGUCUCCAAGACUUUAAAUGUGUGGCAGUCCUUGGACGUGGUCACUUUGGAAAGGUAUUGUUAGCAGAAUACAAAAGCACAGGGGAGAUGUUUGCUAUCAAAGCUCUGAAGAAAGGAGACAUUGUGGCUCGUGAUGAGGUGGACAGUCUGAUGUGUGAGAAGAGGAUUUUUGAAACGGUCAACAGCGUCCGCCACCCGUUCUUGGUCAACCUGUUUGCGUGUUUCCAGACGCAGGAGCACGUUUGUUUUGUCAUGGAGUACGCAGCGGGAGGCGACCUGAUGAUGCACAUCCACGCUGACGUCUUCUCUGAGCCCAGGGCCAUAUUUUAUGCAGCCUGCGUCGUAUUGGGAUUACAGUUCUUACAUGACCAUAAGAUUGUGUACAGAGAUUUGAAGCUGGAUAACCUGCUCCUGGAUACGGAGGGAUAUGUAAAGAUUGCUGACUUUGGCCUUUGCAAAGAAGGAAUGGGUUUCAGGGACCGCACCAGCACAUUUUGUGGCACACCAGAGUUCUUAGCUCCUGAGGUUUUGACUGAAACGUCGUACACUCGAGCUGUGGACUGGUGGGGGCUGGGCGUCCUUAUCUUUGAGAUGCUGGUUGGGGAGUCGCCCUUCCCCGGUGACGAUGAGGAGGAGGUGUUUGACAGCAUUGUCAACGACGAAGUUCGCUACCCACGGUUCCUCUCGACCGAGGCCAUCUCCAUCAUGAGAAGG